AUGACCCACCGUCGCUCGUGGCACUCAUCACCACCCUUCAUCAGCCCUCCAUUGCUCAUCAUUCUAUUCCCUAUCGUAAUCUUAACGAUCCUCUUCCUCGCCGUGCCGCCGCUUCUCUCCGCCGCCACCCGCCUCCUCCGACCAGCCUCUGUCAAAAACAGCUGGGACUCACUGAACAUUCUCCUUGUCGUUUUUGCCAUUCUGUGCGGCGUUUUCGCAAGACGAAACGACGACGAACCAUCCCCAAACAAUAAUGACCACGACCACGCCGUUCCGGAUCGAAACGCUGCGUUUCGCAAAGUGCCGUUGGAAGAGGGACAAUGGUUCGGCUUCCCUGAGGAGAGAAAGGUGUACGAUGCCCCUCCCUCCCGCUUCCAGUCACCGGCAACCGGCGUUACCCGGUUGAGAAGGAACAGCAGCUCCUACCCAGAUCUGCGCCAGUGGGAAACCAGUGAUGACCGUUACAAGUUCCGUUUCUAUGAUGACUUCGAAAUCGAUAAGCAGUUUCGCUCGCCGUCCAGGGACCACUUCUCCGCCGUGGAACACCGUAAACGGUGGCCGGAAUCACCCCAACAACAAGUAGCAGAAGUACAUGUUAAGGAAAUUCCCGUGGAUACAUACGAAAUUCGUCCUUCGCCGCCGCCGUUGAAGUCACCUACGCCACCACCUCCUCCGCCGCCGCCACCACCACUACCUCCUCCCUCGGAAUCAGCUCGUCAUAAUUCGAGACCCACGAAUCGAAAAGUUGAACGAACUCGUGAGAUAACUUCCGAGCUUGAUGAUCGCGAGUUCUCUAGGAUCCGGUCCCCGCCGCCGGCUCCUCCGACACCGCCACCGUCGGCGAAGGCACGAUCAGAGCACAAACACGGGAAGAGUGAGCGUAGGAAGAGCUCCGUGAAGAGGGAGAUAGCAAUGGUUUGGGAGUCAGUACUCUCCAAUCAGAGAAAGAAAAAGAAGAAACAGAGGACAAAAAAUAAUCACAAUCACAAUUACCAUUACGAUAACGUCGAUGAAUUAACAAAUAACACGACCGUACCACCAUCAACGCCGCCACCGCCACCUCCUCCGCCGCCUCCGCCGUCAGUUUUUCACAGUUUAUUCAGAAAGGGACCAGGCAAGAACAAGAAAAUCCAUUCUGUGUCAGCGCCGCCGCCGCCGCCGCCUCCUCCACCGUCAAAGCGGAGGAGCCAGAUCCCUCCUCCCCCAGAACCUCCCCGCCGACGAAACCCCGGGAGACCACCGUUGCCGAAUAAAACCGUCAACUUUAACGACGAGACAAUAAACGCGGGGAACCAGUCGCCUCUGAUUCCCGUUCCGCCGCCGCCUCCGCCGUUUAAGAUUUCGGCGAUGAAGUUCGUAGUUCGCGGGGACUUCGUUAAGAUUCGUAGCAACCAGAGCUCGCGAUGUAACUCGCCAGAACGCGAGGACAUUGAUGUGUCAGAAACGACGGUCACCGACGCCGUCACUAACAGCGUUACGGAGCACAACGGCGACGUAAGUGGUUCCGUUUUCUGCCCCAGCCCCGAUGUGAAUGUUAAGGCUGCAACUUUCAUUGCUCGGCUUAGGGGAGAGUGGAGGCUCGAAAAACUCAACUCCUUGAAGAAGAAAAGCAACGCCUCGUUGCUGUGA